CCCAUCUGGCCAUUUCCAUGUCAAACCCUUUCAUUUUCUUUUUUCGAAAUGGUAAAUAUGCAUCGAUUGCAUAUGGCCGCAUAGAUCAACGCUCUCAUCUACGUGUGCAAAACUCCGAUCACCGGAUAAAUGGUUCCGGUGGCCGGCGGGUAGACAAGUUCCUAGUUUUCUUAGAAAAAUGGAUUCCACCCAGGAGGUCCCGGAAUCGGAAGGGCACAAGAAGGAGGAUUUCUCGAUUGUCACACUUCGGUGGAUUGUCGGCCUUCUACUUCCCAUCAUAUUCUUCUUAUCUCUUCCCUUUCUGGUUGGUUUUACAGCUGUCCUGAGCACGAAUUUAUCAAUUUCCAACCCUAUUUCUCUUCCUUCCAAAUGUAAGAUCUUAUCUAGCGGUGUUGAUAUAAGGUCAUCCAAGAAUUGUAAUUUUGGUUUAUCAAAUUAUAAAGCAAAGUAUAUAUCCCAUCCUCUUCAAAGAAGCAAAUUUCGCUGUUAUUAUGACUAUUAUUGGGCUUCCAUAUUCAAGUUUUCAACUCCUUUUCAGGUGGAAUAUAAAGAUGUCCUUUCUGGUCAGACAAUGCAUGCAUUCGCAGAGGCUCCAAAUGAACCCCUUCCUCUUUAUUGCAGGCCCAAUUUUGGUGCUGCAUGGCUGACCCAAUAUAAAUUCAAGGUCAAUGAGACUUAUAACUGCUGGUACACAUCUGGUGUCCCCAAAGUGCGAUUAGAUCCAGAUGAUCUUUUUAGUUGCCAUGCCGAUGAGAAAUCUACCAUGGACACAAUUAGACAAUAUUUCACUCUGACCAUAGAGAUGGUGAAUUCCUGGUUUACCGGCAAGGCAAGGGUUAAGAUUUUGAAGUGGGAAAUGAUAGCUGGGGUGGUAACUGGGUUUUCAACUUCUUUGAUCUCCAUAGCCUUUCUUAGGUUCAUUCAGCGGCUGCUUUCUUCAUCGCAUUGAGUUUCUGCCACAUAUUGAUUUCCUCAACCUGACAAUGGCGUUCUCAUCAACUGCUUCUGCUUUGGUCGGCUUCAGCAUUGGAAGAGUGUCGGGCUCAUGGAUAUAUUCAGGUUUUAGGAUUUCAUAAGUUGUGGCACUUGUUUUAUUGAAGUGCCAUGCCCCUUCAUUUAAUUACCUUGUAAGUUGUAACAUUAUAGCUGCAGCUGAUAGCAUUAUUGUGUUACUGGUGGCUUCAUAGACUUGUUUGUAAACGAGCAGCGUAGAAAGAAGUUUGUAUAGUUCAAACGACUGUCUUAUAGAGUUUAAAAUUGAAUCAAAUCUUGAUUAAUGAAA